ACUCACCCGCUCAUUGUUUUGCCUUUGCCAGCGUCUUGCAUGCCUGUGCUUCCUGUGCUGCGUGCAACUUCCGAGGCACGAGUGACUUGCGCAACGACAAGCUGCACAAGGGUCCGAAGUUCCCACGCGAGGCCCCUCCUCAAUUUCACAUUUCCACUCAGGUUUCCACUCAGCUACGCUCAGCUUUCCCAGGAGUUCCCAGGAGACAUGGGAGACCACACUUACCCGGAUCUGCUGCGGGCGUUCCGGGAUGUUGCAACUCCACGGGCCGAUCACGAACCGUUGCGACUUCCCCCUCUGCCCCCUUUCAACAUCUUCGACUGCCCGACUUUGCCAGCACGUUCUGCAUCCGCUCGCGUCAACCCAUCGUGGUCAUCUCAAACCAAUCUCUUUGGAUCUACAACGACGCAGCAUUCUCUACCGCCGGAGCUAGUGCCUCGCAUCUUGUCUAUCGUUGCGCUAGAUUCUCCGCACGAUUUCCUCAGCUGUCUCUUGACCUGCAAGGCAUGGAACUCGGCGCUUUCCUCCCCGAAGUACCGCUUUCUCGUCAUGUACAACUUUCUGGAAACGAAGGAGCUUCCCCAUGGACUAAUAUUUCACAAUGAUAAACACCGGUAUUCCGAAGAUAUUGGAUACAAAGCGUUGGAUAACACCGCCUACGCGAUGUGGAGCAAGCUAGGUAUAGCCUAUCUGAGAUCGGAAUUUGGGUUCGUCUCCGCGUCCCAGGCGAAUCUUGUUCAAGAGGCGAACGUCCCUAUCACGGCUGGCUCAAUUGUACCAAAAGACGAUUCUGAGUGGAGACAGCUUGCUGAAGACAUCGAAUUUUGCAAAAUCAACAACGAUCCCGGGUUCCCUUACGCAUACAAUAUGAUAUGCCCUUUUAUCAUCUCGCCGGCCUGGGAGGAAGAGAACACAAAUUCGAUCGCAAAGGAUGCGGACCUUCUCAAGAAGCUCCUUCCUCUGCUCCGGGUUUCAAAACACCUUCAAAAGUACUAUGAACUCCGUCGCUUUCCCGUAGCAAAUAUAUAUCAGAUCAUCGGGUAUAUUGUCGAACACCUUUACGGAAUCCACGGAAUUGAUUUUCAACAUAGACGGAGAUUCUGGGCGCUGAAAGCCGCACAUCUGUAUGCAGCAAUGGAAAAGGCGGAUGUCGUGGAAGUCAUUCACAUAAUGGCACGGGCGGACGAUGUUGAUGCGGCGGAGAAGUUUGGGGGUUGGCGGGGGCAGUUCAGUAGAUUCACAUUGUGUAGGAGGAGGGACCCGGCCCGUAAUGUGUUGGGAUGGCUUAUUUAUGAUGAUAGCAAUCUUGAACCUGCUUAAGUGCGAUGGCGUGCGAAGACGGUCGAUAAUCGGAUUGAAUCCAAUCU